AAGUGAAUAGAAUUAAACUUUGCAGGAAAUUUUGUGAUUACCCCAAAAAUGAUACUGCCUCGGCGCCCCCAAUUUUUCCUUAAACCCCACCACAGCAUGGCAUCACCGCCUAGCCCACCGCUUAUUACUGCUGACUGCCGAGGAAACACCCUCAGCUAAAAUUUUCUGAGGCAAAUCACUGCCCAUCCAUUUCUUUUUUUCAUUAUUAUCCUCAAGCCAAAGUGUUGGAGAUAUGGGAACCAGAGGAGUAAUUGGAGAUAAGUGGUCCAUGAGGAUUCUCUGGGUCUGUGCAAUUGGAAGUGCAAUCAGCCUGUAUAUGGUUGCUAUAGGAAGACAAACACAGAACAGGGAACGAAUGACGGCUGAAAGUUUGAAGGCCAUGGAAUCUGAAGGUAGCGGUGAAGAACUUUGAAUCUUGACGUGCUUAAAUGUUUUGUAAAUCACUAAUAACAACUUGUUAAAGACCUCCAGAUUUUACAUUAGGAUUCAGGAUCACCUUUUUGUUGAGAAUGUUUCUCACGUAUGGAUUCUGUAAAUGAUCCGUAAAAUGGUUUUCAUCUAUUGAACUUAAUUGAUUGUGACAUCAUUAAACUAGAAUUUUACAA